GGCCGAGGUCCGCCGCCGGCCCAGGAUGCAGCGCGGCGGCGACGGCGGUGGCGGCCGCCAUGUUGUGCUAGUUUGUUGUUCUCCGGCGGCGGGAGCGGGGCCCGCCGGGCGCUGAAUCCGAGCCCUUCCCGGCCCGUUGCCCGUGUCCUUCGCCGCGGCACCGGCACCCGCCGCUCCGGCGGGCGGCACCGCGGCGCUGCCGCGACCCGCCGCCUGGGCCGGACGAAGAGCCAUGGCUGCCGCGCUGGGAGGAGGCGCAGAUGAUGACUUUGAUCAGUUUGAUAAGCCCGGUGCAGAAAGGUCUUGGAGAAGAAGAGCUGGAGAUGACGACUGGGACAGUGAACUUGAUGAUGACUUGCUUGGAGAGGAUUUGCUAACUGGAAAAAAGAAUCAGUCAGACUUGUCAGAUGAAGAGCUGAAUGAUGAUCUUCUGCAAAGUGACAAUGAAGAGGAACAAGAAUUUCGCUCUCCAGGUGUCACAGUGAGCCUCAACGCCACAUCCGGCAUCCUGACAUCAUACGAACUCUCUGAGUCCAUCAACGAUCCCUCGCUGGAACAUGAGUCUGAGUAUGACCAAGGGGAAGAUGAAAUUGGUUAUGACAAAUCUGAAGCACCUGAAGAAUAUGCUUCAGAGUAUGCAGAGGAGGGACAUUACGAAGGCAAUGAUCCUGAACUGACAGAAGACCAGAUAGAAUAUGGGGAAGAGCCUGGAGAAGAAGAUGAGGUGCUAGACCUUGAAAUCAAUGAACCCCUAGAUGAAUUUCCAGAUGAAGAUUACAUGCAAUCAUAUAAUGAGCAAGCAAUGGAAGAACAAGAGUAUGCAGCUGAUGAGGAGUUGGAAGAAUCCCAGGCAAUGGCUAAUGAAUCAGAAGAGGAAUCUGCUUUAAUAUUACUUUUAUUCCAGUUCUUAAUUAAAUGGGAUUGAAUGGAUUACCUGCUG